AGAAUGAUUCUGAGAAACAGCUCCUCGGUGACUGCGUUUAUCUUUGGGGCAUUCUCAGAACAAUCAGAGGUCCAUUUCCCCCUCUUCCUCCUGUUCUUAGGGCUCUAUGUGUUUACCGUGGUGGGCAACUUGGGCUUGCUCACCUUAAUUGGCCUGCAUUCUAGCCUUCACACCCCGAUGUACUUUUUCCUCUUCAACUUGUCUUGGAUAGAUCUCUGUUACUCUUGUGUCUUCACUCCCAAAAUGCUGCACGGUUUUGUGUCAGAAAACACCAUCUCUUACGCCGGAUGCAUGGCUCAACUGUUUUUCUUCUGUUUCCUGGUCAAUUCUGAGUGCUAUGUGCUGGUAUCCAUGGCCUAUGAUCGCUAUGUGGCUAUCUGCAGUCCUCUGCUGUACACGGUCACCAUGUCCCCCCAGGUCUGUGCUGGGCUGAUGGUUGGUUCAUACGUGGUCGGGUUUGCUGGGGCCGUGGCCCACACUGGAAACAUGCUGAGACUGACCUUCUGUGAUUCCAACGUCAUCGACCACUAUCUGUGUGAGGUUCUCCCCCUCCUGCAGCUCUCCUGCACCAGCACCCGUGUCAACGCGCUGGUGUUUUUUGUUGUUGUCGGAAUGGUCAUUGCAACCUCCAGCGUCAGCAUCGUCGUCUCUUACGCUUUGAUUCUCUCCAAUAUCCUCCGCAUUCCUUCUGCUGAGGGGAGGGCCAAAGCCUUCAGCACCUGUGGCUCCCACCUCACCGCCGUGGCUCUGUUUUUUGGGUCGGGGGCGUUCACCUACUUAGCAACCUCUUUUCCGGGAUCUGUGGGCCAGAGCAAAUACGCCUCCGUCUUCUACACCAACGUGGUUCCCUUGCUUAACCCUUUGAUCUACAGUUUGAGGAAUAAGGAUGUUAAACUUGCCCUGGGCAAAACCCUGAAAAGAGUGCUUUUCUGA